GAAGCCCCUUGCAAGGUCUUGUUGUCCGUAUAACAAUGGCGGGAAUUGGGAACCCUAAACCUAAUCUCAACAGCGACACUGCGAAGAAGAUGGCGAAGAAGAAGAAGAGUAAUAAUGGAGAGUUCGAGUUCUGCAAGGUCUGCAAUCUCAAUCACAACCAAGGGCGGCGCCACAACUACUUCCCAAACCACACAAAGUCUCUCUCCUCCUUCCUUUCCAGGUUUCUCUCCAAACUUUCCGACGUCCGUUUCUCUCUGAAAGACCCUAGCCCUGUUCGCCCCGAACACGCUUCUCGGAACCGACUCUGGUGCAUCUUCUGCGAUGCCGACAUCGACGAGCUCGGAAGCUCAUUCGCUUGUAACAAUGCAAUUAAUCACUUGGCGAGUUUGGAUCAUUUGAAGAAUCUGAAGAGUUUUCUGUGGAAACAUGGAGGUGGAAUGGAUCGGGUGGAUUCUUUUAGGGUUUCCGAGGCAGAUCUUGCUAAGUGGGAGAAAAAGUGUAAGCUGUUGAAGAGCACGGAUGCAUCAUCUAGUGAAGGAUCUUGCAGGCCUUUACUCGGCCCUUCAAAUGAUAUCCACAAUGAACUCAACUAUGAAAAUAUAAAUAAUUUUGACAAAAAUGUAGUCCACUCUCUUGAAUCAAGUCUUUCAAAUGGUGUUAUGCCUUUACAAUAUCAUACAAAUGAGAUAUAUCAGGUAUCUCAUUCAGAAUUGUUUGGAGUUCCAAAGGUUGGCUCUCUCCUACACGAUGUUACCUCUUUUUUGCCUGCGGAGACACAUUCUAGCACAGAUUUAUGGAACUUGAAGGAUUUGACAGUUCACAGGGAGAGCCAACCUCCUCUAUGUAACAGUAAAAGAUCAUCAGCUGAUUCCUAUCUCAGUAAUGGAGGGGUGUAUCAGGUGUGUCGGGAUGAAAGAGUGGCUAAUGGAGGGAGCAGUUCUCAGAGUUUGCAAUAUCUCACGCAAAUAUGUUCCAAGUCUCCUGAAGAAGCUGAAGGAAAUGUGCAUUCUGGUGCACCUCCUCCUUGGUUUGAAGCAACUGAAGGAAACCAGCUCAAUGUUCUGCAAAAACCAGGAUUUGGUAGCCUCACUUCUCCAAUCAGCAAAUCAGGAAAGUCCCAUAAAUUGAACCCCAAACGAGUGGGAGCUGCUUGGGCCGAAAGGAGAAAGAUUGAGCUGGAGAUGGAAAAGAGAGGGGAGAUCGUCACCAGUAACUGUGAUGUUAACUGGCUUCCCAAUUUUGGUAGGGUUUGGCAAUCAGGCAGCCGUAAGGAAUCAAGGAAAGAAUUUGAGACGGAGAAGCAGAAAUUACCCAAGGUUGAAAAUCAGUCUGAUUUAUCUAUCAAGAUUCAGCCUUAUAUCAGCAAAAGAAUGCGAAGAGAUGUAAAUGACUGAUGGAUACUGGUGUCACCUUUGCACUGAAGUUUUGUUUGGAUAUGUAUGUUCCUCCAAGUCCUCUAACCAUUAGAACCACCUGAGUCCUUUAACCUUCAGAUUGAACAGUGGUGCCUGAGUCUGUACAUUCUUCUGCAUUUUCCCCAAGUUGAGUUUGGAGUCAUGUCCAGAAGCAGGGAGUAAUCAUAGUGUCAAAAAUCAAUCAGUCAUCAUUUGUAAGGCCGUUUGCUGGGAAGAUUGCUGCCAACUGAUGUCUGUAUUUUAAUAAUGACCAAGUGGGCAUUUGGUUUCUCUCUAAAGCAUUCAUUUAGAAUUUUCUUCCCAUGUCAUUUGUUUUGAGAACUUAUUGAAGUUAUGCUGAAGGGUGAUUCAUCCAACUAGAUUAAAUGAGUACCUUGACUGAGUUUCAACUGCCCCCCUCAGUCGGGUUAGACAUGUCAUGAUUCUAAUGCCAAGGGUAUGAAAUGGAUUAAAUGUGGUUCGUCAAAAUUCAAUUCAUUGCCUGGGCCAUGAUGGGGCAUCCCAUCUCUGGCAUUUCAUACUCUGUACAGAUUUGCCUUCAUAUUUUCCUGCAUGUUCUGUUGCACAUAUUGGCAGAUCUAGGUAUAUUUGCAUAACUUAUCUUGCAUUUACAUAGGACAUCCCAGCUGCAGAUUAAAUGGAAUGAAAUACUAGUGAGUUCUUCAUAUUUAUUUCAGUACACUAUUAUUUGGUUUUCCAUUUGAUGUAUGAUAGAAAAACUAGCUGAGUUUCGCCUCUGUGCAUCAACAGCUGCCUAUGCCUUCAGAAUUUGAAUCUGCACCUUUCAUUUCUAUACCAAUAUGUUCGCACAUUUGUGUGUCAGGCGUUUCCAAGUAUCAGUCUGGCAUCGGAUACCAUUGCUAUCUGCCUCUUAUUCAUGGCAGUGACCCAAGACUUGCAUGGAUUUUUUCCACCCUUGAGUGGUUUGCUCUUUGCCGCUACAUGCAAAAAUGCCAUGACAUCUAUAUAAACAUGUUAAUUCAUGCACAUGUUUGUAAUAAAGAAUGUUUGCCAUUGAAUGAGCUGUUUUUUCUCUUUCUUUUUGUUGGAUCGCCUGUAAAAAAGAAUGUUCUUGCUACUUUACUGUACUGUUUCGGAGGGACAAAAUCUUGUAGAGUUUGAUUUGCCGACCAGCCUAAAAUUCCAGAGCUUCCCUUUAGAAGAAACCAAGUUUUCGUCGCAUAGGAACUCCCAGGAAAACCACUUUUCAAUCAUUCGAUCUACAUCAUGGACCACUACAUUGGUCAUGUUCCCAGCCCUUGCUAUCAUGCUAGCAGUGUAGAUUGCAGCCAUCCGCCCUGGUGCCUCUGCUCUAUCCCCUCUUGGUCCAUCCACCACCACCACAUCCCACUUGAGCUCAUACACUUCCUGUGGUAGCUUUGUUAAUGCCAGUUGGCAAGUUGAUUCUUCAAGUGGCUUGGAGUGAGGUGCGCAAGCUGGAUCUUCCCUUGCAUGCUUAAGCACCCUGUAUGCUUCUCCAGCAGGUUCAUCCUCUAGAAGGAUGGUGGUGCCACCAGCAUUCAUUGAUGCGAGAAUAAGAUGUUGAGGUUCAAGCCCGAAAAUAAGGAGGUUGCAUGGGGCUCUAUGGGAAAUAAGAUUUGACAAAAGCUGGAAUUCCUUUUCUGUAAGGGCAGUCGCAUUGGCAGAGUUGUUAUGCUGACUCCUCCUGGCUCCUGGAGCUCGCAAUGGAGUCUUCCUGCAUGUUCGAGAAGCAGAGGAACAUGUGUGUAGAGAAGUAGGAGGCAAAGCAGGAAGAGGACGUGAAGAAGAUGAAGCAGUAAUGGUGAUCCAGAGAAAUCUGAGGAUGGAGAUAAUUGAAAGAAUGAAAACUAAUACAGUAAUGGACCUCUUUCCAAUGAAUUUCAUUCUUUUACCUCCCCUGUAAUAUUUGCAGCUCAGAGGUAGAUCAAGUUGCUUUUUCAGAGAGACUGGAUGAAGGAACUGUGAUCGGCAAGUAACAAGAGGAUGGUUGAAUGGUGGGGUUCUGGAUCAUAAUGGUUGUUAUUCUGAUGGGCCCCCUCUGUACUUCCCUUUGAGUGAGGAAGAAGGUAUGCCUUUGCUUUUCUUUCAA